UCAAAUACCUCUGCUUUUGCUGCUCAAACAAAGCUUCCUAUCUUCUGUGCACCAUGGAAGAAAACAAGCGGCCGGACCCGUCUAAAGGAAGUGCGACCCAGAAAAGGGAUGACUGCCUGGACUUGGAAGACUACUUCAUGGCUGUGGCCUUUCUGUCAGCACAAAGGAGCAAAGACCCAAGUACACAGGUGGGCGCAUGCAUAGUGAAUCAAGAGAAUAAGAUUGUUGGCAUUGGUUACAACGGCAUGCCCAAUGGUUGUGAUAACGACAAGUUGCCCUGGUCUCGUUCUGCCGAUGACCGCCUCGAUACCAAAUACCCUUAUGUGUGCCAUGCAGAACUGAAUGCCAUCAUGAACAAGAACAGCGCUGAUGUGAAAGGAUGCACAAUGUAUGUGGCUUUGUUCCCAUGCAAUGAGUGUGCUAAACUCAUCAUCCAAGCAGGUCUUAAAGAAGUUGUAUAUUUUUCAGACAAAUAUCAUGAUACGCCUGAGACGGUUGCUUCCAGAAGGCUGCUCAGCAUGGCUGGAGUACAGUACAGGAAGUUCAAGCCCAAAAGGUCUAAGAUUGUUAUUGAUUUUAAUUCCACCGGGGAAACGCUGGACAGCUGAACUAAGCAGACGGAGAAAGAGCAGAUUCUGUGGCUGUUUCCAUGAACAACUCCUGAACAUGCUGGUGUUCAGUAGGGAAGUAGUUUAAUCCUCACAGUUUGGAAAAUAGCAUUCACCAUCCUAUUUAGCAUGAGCAUUGUGUUUGAUGUUUUUUUUUUAUUAACCUUUAAUGAUUUUUUUUCUAUUUCUUUAAUGGAAAAAAAAUUCUGUGUAUGUUUUAAAGAGAGGUUUUAUUUCUUGAUCCAUAACUUUACUGUAGCUUUAUUUUUUUAUUGGUUGUAAAUACUCUUAAUGCUGGAUAUCAUUGCUACUGUGCAUCACUCUGGAUUGUUACAGAUGUGGAAAUUCACCUGUUGUGUUUGCUGCCAUUUUAUUAGUUUGCUUACAUUUUAGACCCGAGAUGCUAAGAAAAGGCAUGUUUAAAAACACACACACAUAACUAUCUGAGCUAAUGACUUUUUUUGUUACGCUGACAGUCAUUGACAGCUAAUCACAUGCACACCAUUGAAUUUGUAUUCUUUUUAAUGAGGAGGGAAGGCAGAUGUUUACACCAUCCCUCCUUCUACUAUGUCAGCCAUCUGUGCCUCCCAGUGCAAUAAAAGUGGGAUGACAAAAACUUAAUGCUUUUUAUUCUUUUAAAAACAUGUUCACAGUUUGCAUAAUUCCAUAGAUGAUUGAAAAAAAGCUGUUUUUUAAAGACGACUUACAAUUAGCACAACUCCCCACCUACUUACAUGUGGUUUUGACGGGAUGUUGGAAGGACUAACUCCUCUGUAUACCUGCUGAUAUUUGAUCAUUUUCAUUUUUGACAAAAUGUAUUAGGGUUGGUGUAUGGGGGAAUUUUUCUGCCACAUAAAAAGUACAGAUAUAAUUAGGAAAAAGUAAAUAUGAUGACAUUCAGUAAAAUUAGGUGUGUAAAUAUAUAUAAUGUGGGACAUUUUUGGAUGAGACAAUUCAGUGUAGAAUUUAAUGAGCUUUGCCUUCUUCCUGAUCCUUUUAUGAACCAGAUAUGAAAAGUUUGAAUUUUUACAUAUUUUUUGUUCUUUUUAAUGUCCACUUUGACAUUUUACAUGUUCCAAAUAAAUGUCAUUUCAUUGAAUAUCAUUUCUGACACAAAUUAGCUGAAUAAAUGCACAAA